AUGGACUUGAUUUUGUUUGAGGAUACUGACGCCCCGACAUGUUUAAAUAUACAAGGAUGGGAAAUAUCUGGUUCGGGAAAGUCCGCCCCGGAGUUACGUCUGGAAUACCUGCUGCUGAAGCAAAAAGCUCAGUCAGAGAAACAACUACAGCUCACUCAACCCAACUCCGAGUUUUCGGUCGGCGUCGACUUAACAGAUCUGUUCGAUCGGUAUCUUCAGGAACCGGCGCAUGAACGGACUGUGCUUCCUAAACCUUACAUCAACCAAUUACAACUCGCGCAGUCGGUGACAGCUGGGAUUACUUUAUCCAACGCUAUCAGUCUUGCUGGCCAACUCACGGCUCGAAAUGGUCUGGGUGUCGGCUCAGGCAUGUUCAUGUGGCGCCAUUAUUGCGGCAAAAAAUCGCUUCUUAGUUUCACUACUAUUGAUACGGAGCUAUCCUACGGUCGCGCAGGUCGAGGUCCGGGGCUUGCUGUCCGCCUUCGCAGGCCAUUCGGUGAUCGUCUCGUCGGGUCAUUCGGUUUCAGCUUAAACAGCGUCGCGAUCCACUCCAGGGGUUCUCAUAUUGCCGUCGUCCCUGCCUUAUCUACCGGAGUUCAGUUUCAACUCCUACCUCGUACUCAGAUCCGGUUCGAGUGGCGGUGGUUUUUGGAUGCAGGACUAUCAUCUGAGCUUGUGUGGUCUUCACCUAAUGAUCAGUACGCUGUUCGUCUCUCAGUUCGAUUAAGCGCCGCCGGGCUUUCCGGUGUUGCUGUACGCGUUGAGAAGGCAGUUUCUUGGCCUUGGCUGAAUCCACCUCGGGGAUCUGGUGUUGAGAAAAAAGAAAGUGAUACUCGAAGACCAGAUUGGGUCAAGGCAGACGAAGACGAACUUGAACUACAACGCGGCAGCCAGGGGCGAUUUUUCGGCUCUGUGGAUGUUAACACUACUGAUGUGGUAGAAGUCACUAUGGGUGCGCAGUGCUCCCUAUCCGUCUAUUCACGUUUGUCCGGAUCUUUUUCUUUCAGUUUACGGAGAGGAGUCAAUGUGCGGUUAGCUCUUCAGAGGGGCACUCAAACUUAUUCUGUCCCCAUUAUUCUCUCUGAACAACCUAGCAAAGUAGCAGCUGGCUAUGGAUUUGUUGUUCCCAUCCUCCUAUUCGCAGCCAUCCGGACUUUGGUGUACGAACCAUAUUUAAACAAGCAACUUGAGCGCGCUCAGAUGGUGCGCCGUAACAAAUUAAAAGGUGAACUGGCGCGUCGGCGGCGGGAGGCACUAUCUACACAGUCUUUAAUGCAGCAGUCAGCUAGUAGAAUCCGAAACGCCGAAUCUCACAUUGGCGGGUUGAUUAUCGUCCGCGCUGUCUAUGGAUGCCUGCCGGCAAGUGGUGAUUCGCCUACCAUUCCAGACGUCGCUGGCCCCCUCACAUUGGAUGUAACUGUUCCCAUUCAAGCGCUUGUUAACACUAGCCGCCUGCGUCUUCCUCCUGGCCGGUGGUCAGAUAUUCAAGGUUUUUACGACCCUUGCAUGGGUCUUGUGAGGUCCCCGGUGAAGGCUUGCGCUCUGCGACGAUUGCGCGUCACUUACACAUUCCGUGGCACGUUGCACGAGGUCACCGUUACUGAAAACCAGGGCUUAGCGAUUCCCAUGGCCAAGCAUAGAACCGAUGAAACCUAACCCACCCGUGAUGUUACACGGACACAUUACGAUGGGAACUUCUAGGUCUUUCAGUUUCAUUACACCGCAUCGAUUUUGAAUGUUUCUCGGUCCUUAUUCCUUUUUUUAACUCAUUUCCUUAUCCUCUUCAGAUUCUUUGCUUUUGUUGGAUGUAGACCUACUCUGGUUUCAUCCUUGCACCCUUGUAUAUAUUCCCAUUUGUUAUGGUUGCUAAGCCCAUAAAAAUAUUGCCUUUUACCCUGACUAUCUCGUUAUCUUCCGUCGUGCGACUUUUUCUUCUUACUGCACAACGUGUUUGAGGUAUCCUACAGGUACUUCGACUUCCUUGCGUGUACUGUUACAAGCAGUGCAUCAUGUAAGUAGAUGGGAAUCAGGCUCACUAUUCGGGCAUUUAGUUUACACUCCAUUUUGACAGCGCUGUUUCGAUUUUUUUAAAUUUCUGCCCAAUCAUAUUUCGUCCUACAUUCAUCCAGGUUUUUCGUGUAGAACACUCGACAUUGCGUUGACGCAAUGCUGUGUCACGAAUGACCCUAGUCAUGUUGCACCCACUGCGUACGCCCCAGAUAAAGCCAAACUGUGGCUGCUUCCUUUCUUAAAUCCCUAUGAGACUUUAUGCACCUCCUGCCAAUUUGUC